AGCUGUGGGCAGCGGACCGUCUGGGGUCUCGCGCAGGGGGCUGCAGCUUUCCCCGGCCUAGAGCGAGUGUGCGAGGCCGGGAGGAGAGCCGGGGCGGGGUGGGGGUGGGGGGAGCGGGCCGAGCCCGGGGCUGCGGCUGCGGCUGCGGCCGCGGGGCUGCAGCUCCCCAGCCCCGCCAGCCAGCCCGAGCGCUCGGAGGGAGAGGAAAGGUCUGGACGGGGUGGCUGGACCAGUGGCAGAAUCCAGUGCCAGACUCUGGACUUGAGGGUUCUAGGCUGUGAUCUGUAGAAGCAAAGGAGAGAAGGACUCAAAUCCAGGCCAACUGUAUGGCUGUCUGAGGUGUUGGAACAGAAGGAGGUCCAUUCCUGUUGGUGACAACACUGUGGCCCUGUUCUGGGAUGACCAAGGUAUAAGCUGGAGAAUCAAUAGCAUUGCCACCCGUGUAACCUACCUUCAGGAGCCAGUAGCUUUGGUCAAGGGAAGAAGAAUCUUGAUGAGCAGCAGCCUCAACAACUGGCUCUUCCACUGGGGGUACCGGACCACCAGAUGAACCCUCGGGUCUGGCAGUCUGUUUCCAUUUCCUCCCAGAAAUGUGUCGCCUCCUACCGCGCGCUCCGCGACUUCGGAAGGCAUUUGCAUUUACAUCCGCGGUGAUUACUGGAGUCGCUAAUACAGCCUAACUCGGAGUUUAAUUGGAAAUGUUAAUCAAUGCGAUGGAUCCGUGUCUGAUUUGCACAAUCGGCCAAUUAUCUGCAGGUUUCCCCCCAAGCAAGAGCAGCUGAGUCCUUGCAUCUUGUGGCGGCUGGUGUGCCCAGCACUGAGUCCGUGGGAGCUGAAGGCAGCUGAAGGCAGCCCGGCCCCUUCUCAUGGGCAGCACCCACCUGUGCUGAGGUCCUGCAGCGGUGGCCGUGUGAGGAGCCGUGCAGUCAGUUGUAACUGAAAAUGUCUGACGGUCUGGAUAAUGAAGAGAAGCCCCCAGCUCCCCCACUGAGGAUGAACAGUAACAACCGGGACUCUUCGGCACUCAACCACAGCUCCAAACCACUUCCCAUGGCCCCCGAAGAGAAGAAUAAGAAAGCCAGGCUCCGCUCUAUCUUCCCAGGAGGAGGGGAUAAAACCAAUAAGAAGAAAGAGAAAGAACGCCCAGAGAUCUCUCUUCCUUCAGACUUUGAACAUACGAUUCAUGUGGGGUUUGAUGCAGUCACCGGGGAAUUCACUAACUCCCCCUUCCAGACCUCUAGACCCGUGACGGUCGCUUCAAGUCAAUCAGAGGGAAAAAUGCCAGAUCUCUAUGGCUCACAGAUGUGCCCAGGGAAGCUCCCAGAGGGAAUUCCUGAGCAAUGGGCACGAUUACUCCAAACCUCCAACAUAACAAAGCUGGAACAGAAGAAGAACCCACAGGCCGUUCUCGAUGUUCUCAAAUUCUAUGAUUCCAAAGAAACAGUCAACAACCAGAAAUACAUGAGCUUUACAUCAGGAGAUAAAAGCGCACAUGGAUACAUAGCAGCCCAUCCUUCGAGUACAAAAACAGCGUCAGAGCCUCCUUUGGCUCCCCCUGUGUCUGAGGAAGAAGAUGAAGAAGAGGAAGAAGAAGAAGACGAGAAUGAGCCUCCACCAGUUAUUGCGCCAAGACCAGAGCAUACAAAAUCAAUCUAUACUCGUUCCGUGGUUGAAUCCAUUGCUUCACCAGCAGCACCAAAUAAAGAGGUCACACCACCUUCUGCUGAGAAUGCCAAUUCCAGUACUUUGUAUAGAAACACAGAUCGGCAAAGGAAAAAAUCCAAGAUGACAGAUGAGGAGAUCCUAGAGAAGCUAAGAAGCAUUGUGAGUGUUGGUGACCCAAAGAAAAAAUACACAAGAUUUGAAAAAAUAGGUCAAGGGGCAUCGGGUACUGUUUACACAGCGCUGGACAUUGCCACGGGACAAGAGGUGGCCAUAAAGCAGAUGAACCUUCAACAGCAGCCCAAAAAGGAAUUAAUUAUUAAUGAAAUUCUGGUCAUGAGGGAAAAUAAGAACCCAAAUAUUGUUAAUUAUUUAGAUAGCUACUUAGUGGGUGAUGAACUAUGGGUAGUCAUGGAAUACUUGGCCGGUGGCUCUUUGACUGAUGUGGUCACGGAGACCUGUAUGGAUGAAGGACAGAUAGCAGCUGUCUGCAGAGAGUGCCUCCAAGCUUUGGAUUUCUUGCACUCAAACCAAGUGAUCCACAGAGACAUAAAGAGUGACAAUAUUCUCCUUGGGAUGGAUGGCUCUGUUAAAUUGACUGAUUUUGGGUUCUGCGCCCAGAUCACCCCUGAGCAAAGUAAACGAAGCACUAUGGUGGGAACGCCUUACUGGAUGGCUCCUGAGGUGGUGACUCGAAAAGCUUAUGGUCCGAAAGUUGAUAUCUGGUCUCUGGGGAUUAUGGCAAUCGAAAUGGUAGAAGGUGAACCCCCUUACCUUAAUGAAAAUCCACUCAGGGCAUUAUAUCUGAUAGCCACUAAUGGAACCCCCGAGCUCCAGAAUCCCGAGAGACUGUCUGCUGUGUUCCGUGAUUUUUUAAAUCGCUGUCUUGAGAUGGAUGUGGACAGACGAGGAUCCGCCAAGGAGCUUUUGCAGCAUCCAUUUUUAAAAUUAGCCAAGCCUCUCUCCAGCCUGACUCCUCUGAUUAUUGCUGCAAAGGAAGCGAUUAAGAACAGCAGCCGCUAGGACUGCAAGCCUUACCCACACCAUCUCCCUCAUGAGUGAGACUGAAAUAAAACUCCGCUGCCUGCGGAAAGAUGGAAGAAAAGACAGUCAAAUGGGCCGGGGGUUCCUUACCUUUCAAAUGAAUAGAAACUUCUUAUAAGCCUUUUUCCUACUCCCUCAGAUUAUGUAAUUUAUUUGUAAGCCUGAAUCGCAGCCCUAACAGGGCAGCAAUGUCGAAGUGGCCAUAAAGUGGUCACUUCCACCGUGAAGCGAAAGAGCCAGUAGUGAAUCCCCUCAUUUUGUGCAUUCACUUUGAAGAAAACAGAGUUUCUCAAAGAUGCACACUCCCUCUUCAUAGUGUUGUGUUUGUUUUUAAGUUAGAGAGUAGGCCCUCUUGCAUUCGAACCUCCUUCAAAACUCCUUACCCGAUGUGAUGUUUUUCACUUUCAUUGUCAUUAGAUGUCCAGAAAAAAAAGAUGUCAAAAUGUUUUUUUUUAAAAAGUAAAAGACAAAAACAAAACAAAAAAAAAAACAAAAAGAAAGCAAAACAAAACAAAAAAAAAAAACCCCACCCCAGAGCAAGUACUGUGUGAACAUGUGGAAGUCCAUGCCCUAAUAGAGUUCCAAUUUUUUAUUCUUCUUCUGUAGUGGUGGCUUGGUUCGUGUACCCGUUUUUCUGCAUUGGUAUUGGAAAAGGUUUCUUUUAGGACAUUUUCCAAAAGCAGAGAGGAGUGUGUGUGUUCAGGAAGGCCUUUUAAACACUGUAUAUCUAAAUAAAGUUCAAAUGGUGAAAUCUUAUCACAUUUUCAUGAUGAUGCUUAAGAGGUAGUUGAUUUAGCAUUUGUAUAAACCAGCUUGCUCAUCUUCAUGAUACCUGAAAAAAAAAAAAAAAAAAGACACACCCAAACUGUGGCGCACCAGUUGGGAGAGUCCAGGUCUUUAACCUAGGAGAUCCUAACAGGAGAAGCCAUACUUAAACAAAGAUGGGACUUUCUCUAAGAGCCAAAAGGACAACACUAGAGUGUGAAGAACUGAACUCUUCACUGGACAGUAAGUAAACACAGAGAACGAUGCCUAAUUCCAUCCUGUCCUGUGCUUGUCGAACAUGUCUACUGUGAAGUGGACACAUCAGGAGGAAACAGACCCAUGAACCGACAUUUGCUGCUGCUGAAAAUUAUUUAUCUUGACAAUUCAUAACAUUGGAGAAAAUUUUUUCAAGAGCUGGAGAACAGAAAUAUUGUAAGCGUUCACCUCUGUGAGCCAUGGGAGGCUCUGAGGCCGUGUUGCCAUCUUCCCUGCGUAUCACCAGUUUGUGUUUCUAGAUAGAGUGUGUUCAUACUUAGCCCUUGGGGCCUUUGAAUUUCUAAAACGUCUUUGUAAAGAUCUUGAUGUUCUCCAGUGACAAGCGUUUGGGUUUGCAGUCAUAUAUCCCAAGAACAUCGGUCCAACGGAAUUCCUUUUGUGGCUUGGGGAAAAUUGGGAAAUUUGACUCUUGUUUCACCAUGUAUCAAUUGAUGACAACGUCAACAGUUGGCACUUCCUGAAGCUUCGGAGGGUAGAGAAAUAUGUGGAGGGUGUCUGUGUAGAAAAGGACAUGCUCUUCUGAGUGUUCUGUCGAUUUUAUAAAUUCUGCAGAGGUGUUGCUCUAAGCCUUUGAAAAGCUAGCGGUUUGUGUGUAGAAGGCUUCUUGAUUUGUAGUCCGUCAAGAAUCUGAAUAGAACCUAAUCUACAUUCAAGAGAGGGAAAGAGAUCAAUGGCCUGGGCCUCUCUCCUUCUCUGCCGAGGCACGUCCAUCCAUGUUAUCACCUAUCCGUUCCUUAAAAUGAAAGCACUUUCUUUAGAGAGUUUCCGCUCAUCAUAGGGUGCAUGUGUUUAUGUUUAGGAGCUGACACCACUGGUGGAUUUCCUGUUUUCCCAUUGUUUUCUUUGACUGUGACAUUUCGGAGGGGCUUGACCGCCUCCUCCUCCCCCCCCCUCCCCCGCCCCAAAUAGCCACAGUGGGAUAAAACAACAAAUGUGAAAAGAUCAGAUGGUCAUAUUAAUUUGAAGCAUAUUAUUAUCCUUCACAAAAACGUGGCUGGGCCUGAGAAUUUUAAUGCCACACGGUUUUCGUGAGAGAGAGAGAAGGAGAGAGAGAGAGAGGCCUUAAUUUUGAUUUCAUUUAAAAUGAAGUAUUUUUUAAAUGUUUCAUGCAUAGUGCCAGGGAAUUCAAUGAAAUAAUACCUGGGAUGCGAAUAGAAUUCAACACACUGGUAACUAUGCCCGGCCAGUGGAGAGAGCCCCAAAACUGGUUGGGAAGCCCUAGCUGUCUGUUAGCAUCCCUUAUAGAUCAUAAAGGCCUUUUUGGGGGGGAAGACCUGGAGCAGUGAUCCUUCAGAUUGCUGUGGGCAGAGCAGUGGCUCCUCUUUUAUGCUUUUUCAAUUCAGCAUAUUAACCACGAGGAGCCCGGUACUACUUCCCCACAUCCCGUUGUACCAAGAUUUUAUGAUCCUAUAACCCAGUAGGUUUUACUCAUACAAACUUCUAUCUAUGUAAAUUUUUAAAAUGGGAACGGCUUCUAAAGACCCUUCCCCAUGUUGGAGAGUUAUGUAUAUUUCUAAUAAGUAUUAAAGAGAAGCUGUUUCUCCUGCCAAAAUGACGCUGAAGGAUUCACAUUUGGUAGAUUUGACCAAGUUGGACUCCAGAUGGUUAAUAGUUUAUUCCCUUUCCCUGGAUUUUUUUUAGCUCAUCUUGACGCAGGUGAGUCUAUCCAGAUCUUUAAAGUCGCUAGUGUGCCCUGAGGUGAUGAGGGCACACCGUCGAAUGUUGAUUCCAAAAUGUCCUGAGAUAGGGAUAGGGCAGUGGGGAAGUCAGGGAAGGGUGAGAAGCACAGUAGAGAUUAUUUAUUUAAGAAAGAAAAGAACAUUAAUGUCGUAGCAUGGAUCCGGUACGUUGUCAUAAUCCCAUGAGGAUUUUUGGAUGACACGAUCCCCUCAAAUCAGUCACCAUGUUGGGUAAUGACUUCGUUCUUGCUGAUCUUGUCUAUGUGUCAUUGUAAAUAUUUGUGUGUCCAUGUUCCAUUUUGGCUACUGGAUGGCCAAGUCAUGUAAGAAGAUUUAACUCAAGUAUUUAUUCUUUAAUUGUGUUAUCCAGAUUUCUUUCAGGCUUGUGAAUUGCACCCCAAUGUUUGAGUUUAACCACCUGAUCCCCACAUCGUUCCCUCCCCUGUGAAGCACAUUCCAUUGCUAAAAGAAAAAGAAAUAUGAAAUUGCUUCCUGUCGUCUGUAUAACUGUUUUGAUAGUUUGAGAUGUUUGUCUAUAAAGGAUAUUUCUCAGCUCAAAGAUCGUGUAAAUAAUUAUAUUCCUUUGCUCAGUGGGUUGUUUAUUUCUAAUGAGGCUGCCAGUUCUGAGAGAGAAUCUCUAAAAUCACCUUUAAAGAACGUAAACAGGGAUUACAACUAUGUAAAAAUAAACAUGCAUAUGAACAAAGACUGGGAACACAGAUAAUGGAAACCGGUUGUGUUCAGGCGGUGGGAUUAUGUGAAUUUGUUUUUUCCUUUGGACAGUUUUCUUUGAUGUUGUUAUAAUAUUGCUUUAUAAUAAAUAAACAUCAGAAAGGGGGACUGUAGAAACAUAGAAAAGAUGCCAGAAGCAGGUGCCUUCUGGCCAGAGCCCAGAGCAUGCAGGGCACAGGUAUUUGCUAGUUACAAUUAUUCCAUAGGCUUUCUCUUUGCCUGGGUGCUGAGGUUGGCACAUGCUUGGGUAUGGCACGUGCUUUCUUAGGGGACUGUUAUCUACAAAUUAAAGCUAGGAGAUGUCGCUCUUGGAACUCCAAACACAUCCUUCGGUUUUGGUUCCGUUAGGUUGGAAGGGUGACCUUUGAUUAGCUCCCUUGAUAACAUCCGUUUCAGCUAUCACCUUUCUGGAUCAUUUUAGCAGAUUUUCAGGCUGAAUUUUGGAAGAAGGAUAAAAUCCACAGCUCCCCCCUUUUCCUUUUCCACCAGGAUAUAUUGUCAUUCAGGUAGGGUUUUUUUUUUUUUUAAACCGAACAGUGGGCAGGUCCUGUCGAUUUCAAUAGAAGACAGGGCUUGCAUUUCGAAGCUGACUAUGGAAACAUUAAGACAAAUAUUUAGAACUGCCUUUGCCUGUUGGCAUUCAGUCACACUCCUUUUAAAUGGCCUGAGAUGGCAGGUGGCCUCUAUGUGCUUUCUGUCCUGCCUGAUUACAGGUCGUAUGCAGUAAACUACUGUCGUUUUUAAAGAGCAAAAGGGAGACUAUCUACCCAAAGAGAGGAAUUUCCUUCUAACUCACCAAAGAAAUUUUAGGUGAGGACUUUGAUCAUGCAGUAGUGGCCUCAGAUGUUGCCUAGUUUCACCAAGAGCAGACCUUAUACCUAGAGAACCCACAGACUUUUCUUUGUCCAUCCUCAGCAUAUAUCUACUUAUAAGAGCCCUAACCCUGCCAUCCCCAGUUGAAUCUCAUGGUCCUUUUCUGAGCUACUUGCAAUUUAUAUUCGGUUGAGUAAAGGCAUGGUCAGUGAUGCCAACUUCUCCCCGUCUCUGAGCAAAAGGACCGACAUUCAGCAUUUAUAAAUCGACAGCCUAAUAGACUUGGGAUUUUGAGUGAACUUAACACACAAUUCUGAACCUAGAUUUGCAUGUGGAUUGGGAAGGAAACAAGUGGGACCUUGGAAAUAAUGGAAAUAUUUUUCCAAAGAAAGAAUUUUUCAUAGGAAAUUUGUUUCUGAUAUAAUCUUUCUGUUGGUUAGCUUUCAUUUUUUUCCUACUCCUUUUCUGAUCCCACCCUUCUUUAGUGACUAAAUGAAUAUAACCCAGCUCCUCAUGCAUCGGGAAUGUCUGUUUAAUAUUCUAAAAUAUCUAACUGAAUUUGCAAAUGCGGGCACUGAGAUGUCACUUCCACAUGCACACUUCCAUGUUCAAGUAGACCAAAAUAACAACAAAUAGCAUUUACUGCCACAUAACAGAGUCACACUUGCAAGAUCAACUUCUCGAAACUGGCGAAUGCCAUCAGAAGUCUCCUUUGGAAGCUGCCAUCAGGUAAAUGCUAUCCCAUAAUGCCAGUGGUACAGCAGGUACCAUGUUCAGCUGAUUUAGGACCUAAGAGGAAAUCAACAGCCAUUAGAAUUAGUCAGGUUCGAGAUGUAGAUCAGAUGUAGUGGGAAAAGUACUAGCCUAGAAGUAACGAUACCUGCAUUCUAUAUGGGCUCUAUUACUAACUUAGUGUGACCUUGGGCAAGUCACUUAACCAUGUUGCAGCUGUUCCUUCAUCGAUAAAAUAGGGGUAUGGGACUAGAUUUCCAAGGCUUUCCAAAAGCUUGAACAUUCUGUGGUACUCCAGAUGGCCAUGCUAAUUCAACCUACUGAAGUGAUGGCAAAUAUCGCAUGCCUAAGCCUGGGUCUCUUAUGUUGCAGUUAAACAAUAGAACUAUGUGAGAUGAAGCCAAAAACAAAAAAAAAAAAAAAACAAAACAAAACCCAAACCUCAAGUGAAUGAAGUUAAUAAUACUAGGGAAUGUUGAUAAAACUUGUGGCAGCCUUCCAAUUCCUUCACAGUUGUUUUGUUUUUGUUUUACUGUUCUUUUUCUGUUGUGUGUUCCCAGUUUUUCAUUUUCCAUACACUCUGUCUGCAGAGUCUGGUUUUCCUUAAGCUGUGGCCCGUAUUUGCUACUAGAACAGAAAUACACUGUCACACUUGCUAGAAUAGAACUCUACUUGCCUCUUCUGUCCUAUGAAGCGGUGUUGGGCUUUAUAGAGUUUACUUCGUAAAUGGCACAAGAUGGCAGCACCCAUGCAUGUGCAUGGCUGAGACUUCUGAGUGGGCCUAAGCACUUGCAGCUUGCAGAGAGGAAAAGGAAAAAGUGAUUACAUGCUAUUUGCAAUAAGGAGUGUUGACAAAUCCACUUGUUGGGAGCCAAAGAUAGCAUUUCCGAUGACAACUCCCACAGGGAUGGGCCAGCUGGAUGAGCAUGCUCCUGGAAAGAGGAUAAACUGGUAGUUAGUGGACAGUCCCAAUACCCUGCCUACAGCGGUGCCAACCAGCCCUGAGUGUGAAAUUCAAGUUCAGUGUGUGUGCUUGUGUAUGGUGUGCUUUAUGGACCCGCAUAUCCUAUAUUCAUUAGUGAUGAUAAGACCUUUCACAAAAGUCUAUAACCAUUAGUGGGUUGAGUUUUAAAUCUCAGUACAUCGGCAAGGAAGAGACAGAUCACAGGGUCGUGAUGUGUACUGGGAUUAUACUCAUGAUAUCCAGACAAAACGAGUUGAGGAGGAUCUAGAUUUCCAUUGUUUAUCAGAAUUGUAUCUCCUUUGGCUGUGCUUUACUUUUGUUAAAAUGUGUUAUCUGUAAACCUAUGUGUAGUGAAAUUCUUCUGUAACUUUGGAUUAAAGGUAUUUAUGGUCUUUUUGUUUGUUGGGUUUUUAAGUAAGUUAUUUCUUUUGUAGACCUGCUGAUGGUGUGGUUCCAUCUUUCUGACCUCAGCAUCUGAUCUUUUUAAGGACUUUGAUUUCCAAUCUUGUUAUUUUAAAUUGUGGUUGAAGCAAUAGAAAAUUGAAAUAUGGAUUGUGCAUGACUGUGUCUUGAGUGUAAAAAUAUUGCAGUUUGAAACUUGGACCUAAAGUAUUGCAAAUAAAAAUGACAAACAUCA